AUUGGCCUGAAGCUCAAAUUGUGGACUUUGGCAUUUUCAUUUAAUUUAAUAUAUGUAAUAAUAAUAAUAUACUGUGUUCUGAUAUGUUACAUAUAGGCCUGAGUUAACACUUAAGAUUCAUUUGGCCCUAUUGACAAAACUGCUGUAAAAAUAUAUAUUAAAUUAUUUUCCACUUAAAAUUAAUCAGUUUUAUGAAAUUAUAUUUUGGGGGAAUACAAUAUUAAAGGAUAAUAUUAAAGGACAGUGUUUACAGAAUGUAAAAAAAUAUUUUCAUUAAAAUACAGUUUAAGGGGUGUUUUCUUGUUGGUAUUAGUCUUUGAGAUGGGUCAAUGAUUGGCAGCAACACAUUUAUUAUUAUUAUUUAUUAUUUUUUCUACAGUGUCAGGUGUAAAAGCUCACACUGGAGGUCCAUGGGACAAAAAACCUCAGAUUCCCAGAAACUGCUGCACAAAUCUGUAUUUUUUUUUCCCCAUCAGUCUUGUAAAAUUACUCCAGCCUGAAAUAUACAUAUCACAUGCUAUAUAUCUUUUAUGUUUACAUAAUGUCAUUGCUUAUAUACAACACGAAUAGUGACAUACCUAUUUUCAAUGGCAAGGCACGCUUGCAAAAAACAUUACAAGGUGAGAAGAUGAAUUUUGUUGCAUGCUUUGAAUGGGAAUCAAUGAAAAUUGAGAGCCAGUGGUUAACAUUUGAAUCUUAGGUAUUGCAUUAGUUUACGUUAAGAUGAAUGGGUCAAAAAUGGGACAUUUUGGGGGAUGGACCAAAUUUGUCGUGUGUGUGUGUGAAGCUUUGCCAUUUGGAGCUAAUGUAAGAAAAAUAUCAAAUUACAAAAGAAAAAUAUCACACUCCCAAAGAUAUUUGCCAAAUGUGUUGAUUUGGCGAAACACCUUAAAGUUACAGUAGGUGCUUUGGUUGUGCUGUGUGAAAUAAUUCAAACCAAAUUUAUGGGGCUCAAACAUAGGGUUUGUGUGUAUAUUAUAAUAUUUGAAAAAGGUAAAUUUAAAAUCACAAAAUCUCAAGUUUUAAAUGUGUGACGUCAUGUCCAACGUCCAGGCUGUGGGUCUGAAAUGUCGAAAUUCGGCCACGCCCCUCCAAGCGUUAAGCCCCGCCCUUUCGCCAAGUCCACACCCUGUCCUUCCCGCCCCUCCCUCCGCUCAGCUAGCAUUAGCACGUUAGCUCCCAGCAGCUGUCGGUGGCAGUCAGCCAGUUUUCACUGGGUGCUGCUUUCUUAAGAUCUGUAGUCCGCCCCCUCCCUACCAAGGAAGUCGUGGACGGUUCGGUUGGUUGCUGCCGCCUCGCUUCUUCGGCUACCCUGUGAUCCAAUUGUUGUCGUCGUCGCUGUCCCGACAAGGAAGAAGCUGUGGGACAUGGCCAGACCAGAGCAAGUCCUGGUGCUGGAACCGCAACACGAACUCAAAUUCAGAGGUCCCUUCACAGAUGUCGUCACUGCCACUCUGAAGCUGACCAACCCCACAGAUAGAAAUGUGUGCUUCAAAGUCAAGACCACCGCCCCUCGCAGAUACUGCGUACGCCCAAACAGCGGCGUCAUUGAAGCCACAAGCUCGAUCAAUGUUUCUGUCAUGUUGCAGCCUUUCGACUACGACCCCAAUGAGAAGAGCAAACACAAAUUUAUGGUGCUGUCCAUGCUGGCUCCCUAUGACAUGACUGACAUGGAGGGCGUUUGGAAGGAUGCCAAGCCAGAAGAGCUGAUGGAUUCCAAGUUGAGAUGUGCCUUCGAGAUGCCUCUAGAAAAUGACAAAGCUCAUGAACCCGAAAGCUACAACACUGUGGAUUCCUCUACCUCUUCUAUUCAGGCGGAGCACGCCGCACCGCCAAAGUCAGCCAGCGCUUCGCUGGACGACGGAGAGGUGAAGAAGAUCAUGGAGGAGUGCAAGCGCCUGCAGAUGGAAGUGCACAGGCUACGGGAAGAGAACAAACAGAUCAGGGAGAAUGACGGGCUGCGGAAGAGGAAGGUGACCUCUGUGGCCACACCCGACUCCUCCAUCAUGUCGACCUUGUCCACGAGGGACGAAGGUCUGAGCACCCGCGUGCUGGCGCUGUGUGUGCUCUUCUUCGUCAUCGGAGUCAUCAUCGGCAAGCUCGUCCUGUAGAUGCUCAGACGGGCGGACGGACAGCACACUGACGGACGGACGGUAGCCUGGAAGGACAUGUCAGGGACAGCAACAUGAGGAUGUCUUUAAGUUUUCUCUCUCUCUUAUUUUAUAACCUUUAAGGUGAGCUUAAAAAAGGUUUUGAAUGUGUUAAAAGAAAAAAAAAAAAAGAACCUUGAAUUUCUCUUUUUUUUCCUUUUUUUUUUUCCUUUUUUUUUUUUUUUUUUUUUUUUUUUUUUUUUUGAAAUAAUCAUGACCUCCGAUCUAGCGGCUCCGUCGAUCCCUGUCAGCCCCAAAUGAGCUUGCACAGGUAACAGUUAGUGGUGAUGUGGCUCAAGGCUUCCAUUGAUCAAGCUUCCUUCUGCGCGGUGUCACUUAACAGCAAAACACACAACAUCCUCUUUUCCACAUAUUCCUGAUAAUCCACACAGAGAUUGAACACUAGUGAUGUGCAGAUUUCUAUUGCGGGCAUAUGUAUGUUUUGUGUGUGUGUGUGUGUGUGUGUGUGUUGAGGGUGAGCAUAAAAGAACACGUCUGGUUUCAGAUGCUGUCCAGUCAAAGCAAUUCCAACGACAACAUCCUCUUGUGUGAUUCAAAGAUUUAUUCGGUUUUCCCCACACUGCACUUUUGCCAGUGAUGGCCCCCUCCACUAAGAACAGUAAAAUUCAUGCAAAAUGUGGACCUUUUCAAUAAAAAAAGAACACUAAUAUGCAACCAUAUACUUUCAACCUUUGCUGCGUCUACGUCUGUAUUAGUAGUGUUGUUUAUACUCAUUCUCCUUUAGCCACAGUGUUUCUGCUGUUUAUUAUAAAAAUCACAUGUUUAUUGUAUUGAA